UAAUAUUAUAGCCAUCCAUCUUCACUUAGGACGGAUAUCUUUGUGUUUUGUUAUUUUAUCAACACAGAACAAGUGCUUGCAGAAGGCAGUCCAUAGUGUCAGAUUUGAAAAUACAAAAUUGAUGAUCCCAAAAUAAAUAGUGAACUUUAAUGAAUAACAUAAAGGAUCAAUGUUGACCUUAUAACAAAAUGCAUCAAGGAAAAAUUAUGACAAAGAAAGGAAGCUCUGAGAAUAGGUAUGAGCCCCAUAAUAGGUACAUGGAAGUCUCUAGAGGAGACAAACUAAGAAAGAAGGAAAAAGAAAUUCCUUCUUCAACGCUUGUUAUGGAAGAAUAUGGAAUCAGCAGCCCUAAGAGCACAAUGAGACAAGCCCCUGUGCUGAAAGCUAGCCAUGAUUCCAAACCAAGAGCAGGUCUUAUGAAAUCUCAGGGUCUGAAAGAAACGAAUUAUAUGACACCUAUAGGAAGCUUAGCGAAACAAAGCAAGGAAAGAAUCUCUACAAGAGGAAGAUCUGCCCAUCCCUCUAGAAGAGCAUAUGAAGAAUCCAAAGGGCAAUUGAGAAAUGCCAGCUCAAAUAGUCUCAGUAGGAGCACCUUAGAGACUGAAGACUUGGAACUGAAGAGUAUAAGUCCUACUGAAAUCAAUACGACAUCUGACUCUUAUUACAAGUUCCUAGGGUACACUUUCAUGACGGAAGCUUGGUCCAGAGAGUUGAAAGAGGCUGGGCUAGUGUCAAGCAAUGUUGCAUGGCAUCUUGGAGAAACUGUGAAGCUUUUAAGACAAGAGUGUCCAACAGUAGCAUCGAACCUAUCCUACAAGUAUCACUAAAAAUUUCAAUUCAUUUAUCUUUAAAA